AUGGAGUUCUGCGGACGCCAAAAAGUUGUUCGGCGCAAGAUGGUGCUGCUGGGAGAUGGUGCUUGUGGUAAAACCUCAGCCUUAAACGUGUUCACCAGAGGAUAUUUCCCAACGGUCUAUGAACCGACUGUUUUUGAGAAUUAUGUCCAUGACAUCUUCGUCGAUAACGUGCACAUGGAAUUAUCGCUAUGGGAUACAGCUGGCCAGGAAGAAUUUGAUCGGUUACGCGCGCUAUCCUAUGAGGAUACGCAUGUCAUAAUGCUGUGUUUCAGUGUCGACAGCCCCGAUUCGUUCGAGAAUGUGGCGAGCAAAUGGACCGAGGAGAUCUCGGAGAACGUCCCCGGAGUGAAACUGGUUCUCACGGCCCUCAAGUGUGAUUUGCGAAAAGACGAAUUCCUCAAUGAUAACCCGAAUGUUAUCACGUACGAGCAAGGGCUGGCAAAGGCAAAAGAGAUCGGAGCCGUGAAGUACCUUGAGUGCUCUGCUGUUCAAAAUCGUGGCAUCAGGGAGGCCUUUUACGAAGCCGCCAAAGUCGCCCUCGAGGUGAAGGCACAGAAUGCCAGCGCGUCCCAGAGCCGCUGCAUCAUUCAGUGA